AUGUUCUUCCAACCAAUACCAGCUAAAGAUAAUAUCACUUUCACAAAUAAAGAAGGAAAAAGGGAAACUGGGAGUAAAAUCAGGUUUAGAAAUGGUUUCUGUUCAGAUGUUUUAACAUCGGUCGAUAUUCAAGAAAUAGUUAAAGCCGGUGGAGAAAUUAUUAGAAUAUUAGAUGGUAUAGUAUACGAAGAAAAUUUUAAAACUCCACCAUAUGGAGAUUAUAUUUUAAUUUUAAGAGAUCUUAGAAAUAAAUAUGAACGAGAAGGCAAGAAUGAUUAUGGUGAUGGUGGAAUCAUAUUUGGUUUAUAUUUAGCGCCAAAAGUCAAAUAUAAUAUCAUUCUAACCUCUGAUGGUGUUUUAAAAGAAAAGAAAACGUUUAAGGGUUAUUCUAAUAAUAAGACAAGUGUAGAAGAUUAUAUUCAGUUGGCUUGUGGACAUGAUGUGUCGAAUGAAUUUAAUAAAAGAUGGGAAAGGAGUUUCACGAAUGGAGUAGUUAUUCCAAAGGAUGAUGAUAAACAAAAGAAAGUUUUUAGACGUUAUUUGAAUCUUGUAAAGAGAAAACCACCAAACAGUGAAGGAAUUAUGUUUCCUUAUAAUGAUAAAGAAGAGUAUAGGUUUGAUGAAAACUAUGAAUUUUAUGAUUUCGAUUACCUAUAUAUUCAAGAAGAGAAUGAAGUGAUUAAUUACUCAAUAAAUUUAGUUCUUUUGUUUUAA